UUUUCGCUUUUCUCAGCUGGGAGCGAUUUCUUUAGUAGCCGGUUUGAAUUGAAGACCAGAACAAUUGACCGCCAUGUCCAAGUCAAUUAGAUUCUAUUACGAUUUGUUGUCCCCAACUGCCCGUGGCUUGUGGUUAGCUCUAAAAUUGGGCAAUAAGCCCAUUGAAUAUUGCCCCAUUGCCCUCCGUAAAUUUGAGCAACUGACCGAUGAGUACAAGAAGAUCAAUCGCUUCCAGAAGGUGCCGGCCAUAGUGGAUGGUGAUUUCCAUUUGGCCGAAACGAUAGCCAUCAUACGUUAUCUCGCUGACAAAGGCCAGUUGGAUGAAAAGCUUUACCCGAAGUCACUGGAGGCCCGUGCCCGCGUGGAUGAGUUCCUGGAGUGGCAGCACCUCAAUAUCCGACUGGCCUGCUCCAUGUUCUUCCGCGAUGCCUGGCUGUUUCCCAUCAAUGGACUGGCAGCCAAACCCAAGCCUGAAAGAAUUCAAGAGCUGAUCGAGGGCGUGGAGACGAAUCUGGGUCUUCUGGAACUCAUUUGGCUGGAAAAGGACUUUCUGGUGGGACAGCAUAUGACGGUGGCUGAUCUCGUGGGCGCUUCUGAAAUCAAUCAACUGAAGAUCUGCCAAUAUAAAGUGGAUGAGAAAAAGUUCCCCAAGGUGGCCAAGUGGUUGGAUCGUGUCAGAGAAGCCACCAAUCCCUACCAUGACGAGGGACUAGCCUUUAUCAAUAUGAAAGCAAAGCAGGCAAAGCUCUAAAGACUUGUUUACUUUUGGCGAUUCAGAGGAGUCUAGGCCACCUUGUAUGUUCUGAGAUAACACGUUUGUAGUUGUUUUUCCUCAUUUUAGUUAUUUAGUUUCGUUCUGAUUGCAUUUGUACAAAGUUAAAGAUUAAAAAUUACUAUCUGCUAUGAAA